UGCCCAAGCAUUCCCAGUUACGCAGUUGCGCCGACUAGUCGUCCUCGCGCCUCUGUACGAUCGGUCGCGGAUUGAAAUUGGAUAUCGAGAUCGAGUUCGAAUUCAGGUCGGAUCUAAGUUCGUGGCAAAUCGCUCUAUAGCAGCAGGAGUAGUGCCAGCAGAGUCGGGAUUUCGCGCUGGGACUUGAGCUGGGCUGGGGAAGACAAGACCACGCCCCGCGGAUUACGGCUGACUAUUGCCAACGGGGGCAAUACGAGCACCCAGCUUAUUGAGCUAUCACGACGGCAAUCACGAGCGACGCAGAGCGGACCUGGCGAAAAAGACAGACUUGAAAUAAAACCGGGGAUCAAACGGCCAGCCAUAAACAACGCAGCGAAGGAGCCGAGAACCAAACGCCGAUCCCCGCAACCGCCUCUCUAAUGAUUUAUCAGUAGUACGCAUCUCGGGAAGGUCCGGCGAGUCCCCAAGCCAGCCAAGCGGUCCGACAAGAGCAGGCCACGACCACUCAAUUCGGAUCUGAAGUGCCAUUCUGCCGCUGUCUCGUAAAUGAAUGUCAUAAAUUAAUUUGGAACUCCUUGCAACCGGUGUCACAGUCCCUGCCGCUACUCGUUGUCACCGUCACCGUCCCCAGAUGAGCUCUCAGCCUGGAAGCCUAUGACUUUCGCCUAAUUAUACUACCUGCCGCGAGUCAUUUGAGUGUUUUGUGCGUGCUCGUGUGUGACCCAAAUGUUCCUCAAAUUACCUUAACGCUGAAACGAAAAUUUAUUUAGAGUCACUAAAAUACGUAUUUAUGAAAUUAAUUCAAAAAGUUGCCGAACGCGAAAUUUUGAGCCUUCAAGUUGACGACACCAAAGUGAAUAUACAAACUUUCGGCAAGCCAAAUCGCGCAGUCGAGGUCGGUGUCAAGUGUUGUUUCCAGUUCUCGACAGUUGAAAUUUAACGAAGGAGGAAUCCCAUCGGCUAGCUGAGGAGCACAGCCUUUACCAGGGGGUAUUUGGCUCAUAGGGCAAGGAACUUAGACAUAAUAAAAACAAACAUACCACCUCCGACGGAAAUCAUCCUUGGAAAUAGACCUCGCGUCAUUCCAAAAGACGCACAUGGGCGUCUGCACCGAGGAGCGCCCUGUGAUGCAUUGGCAGCAGAGCGCAAGAUUUCUUGGGCCCGGCGCAAGGGAGAAAAGUCCGACACCACCUGUAGCACAUCAAGGGAGCAAUCAAUGUGGCAGUGCUGCAGGUGCAAAUAAUAAUCACCCAUUGUUCCGCACAUGCUCCUCAUCCUCGUGUCCGGAUAUUUGUGACCACAGUACAAAGCCAUUUAGCAAUGCAUACGCAACCGAGUCAUUCAGAAGCUAUGAGACCGCUGAUCGCGCCACUAUCGAGGACUCUGCGGCCAAAUUCUCGAUCAGCCGGAGCAGAACGGACUGCACGGAAGUCAGCGACGAGACGACGUCGGGCAUAUCGUUUAAAACGGAACCAUACGGACCACCCAGUAGUCCCGAGUCCACCAACGAUAGCAAAAUAGCGCGCAACCUCGAUGACUGCGCCGGUUGUGGGCGGAAAAUACAGGAUCGCUUCUACCUCUCUGCUGUGGAAAAACGUUGGCACGCCAGCUGCUUGCAGUGCUAUGCCUGUCAGCAGCCGCUGGAACGGGAAUCCUCAUGCUACUCACGUGAUGGCAACAUUUAUUGCAAAAACGAUUAUUAUAGUUUUUUUGGUACUCGCCGCUGCUCCCGCUGCCUGGCCUCGAUCAGCUCCACCGAGUUAGUGAUGCGCGCCCGAAACCUGGUCUUUCACGUCAACUGCUUCUGCUGCACGGUCUGUCACACGCCCCUGACGAAGGGCGACCAGUACGGCAUCAUCGAUUCCCUUAUAUACUGCAGGACCCACUACAGCAUAGCGAGGGAAGGCGAUGCCGCUUCUUCCAGCAUGAGCGCCACCUAUCCGUACAGCGCCCAGUUUGGGUCGCCGCACAACGACUCUUCGAGCCCACACUCGGACCCCAGUCGGAGCAUUGUUCCUACAGGCAUUUUUGUGCCCGCGUCUCACGUCAUCACCGGCCUGCCACAGCCGGCGCGUCAGAAGGGCAGGCCUCGCAAGCGCAAGCCCAAGGACAUCGAGGCGUUCACCGCCAAUAUAGAUCUCAACACCGAAUACGUGGACUUCGGCCGCGGUUCGCACAUGAGCUCCUCGUCGCGCACCAAGCGAAUGCGUACAUCCUUCAAGCAUCACCAGCUACGCACCAUGAAGUCCUACUUUGCAAUCAAUCACAACCCUGAUGCCAAGGAUCUGAAGCAAUUGUCGCAGAAAACUGGUUUACCAAAGAGAGUCCUGCAGGUCUGGUUUCAAAAUGCUAGGGCCAAGUGGCGCCGAAUGAUGAUGAAGCAGGACGGCAGCGGUAUGAUGGAGAAGGGUGACGGCGGACUGGACCUCGAAAGCAUCUCGGUACACAGCCCAACAUCGUUCAUACUGGGCGGUCCAAACAGUACUCCGCCCCAUAAUCUAGACUAACAGUUGCUCACGGGAAGCGGAGCCGGAAUCAAAAGCGAAACAAACGUCGGUAGCAGACAAGAAGCUGGCAAAAACUUGCAUAUCCUAUGCGCAAGCACCGGUUGUCCUUACCUGUAUUCCAGUCAGUGUGACGGAUCCGACUCCAGAGACAGCUUUGGAAAGGAACCGAACCGAUAUAGUUGCACUCCAUGCAAAUAAUCGAUGCCUACUUAUGUAUAACGUCUAGGGAAUGCUGUUAGGCAUGGUACAUAUACAUUUGUAUAGCUGAAUCAAUGCGUAUUAGUUAUGUGUUUCGGCAAUCGCUUGAUUGUCGUUAUGCCAGAACUUCAGCUUGACUGUGUUCAAAGCAUCACUUCUUUGAAGCAUCACUAGUGCUUCUCCCUUCCGUGUUAACAUUCAUUUGUAAAUAUGUAAUGGACCCUAACCUUGUGUACUUGCGUAGCAGCCGAUAUUGUUAAUUUAUUAUUAUUUAUAAAACUCAAAUAAUUAUGUAUGUAUAUAACAUUACGUAACAUGCAUAUACAUAUUGAUAUGUAUUUAAUAUUUAUUGCCCAAAUUUAAUAGUUAGAGAAGAAUUUUGUUUAGAGAACCCUCUCUAUAUAAUAUAGUGCAUAUGAAUAUGUAUGUAGUAUUAUGGUGCAUUAAUUGCUUCGCCGCUGCUGACAAAUAGAGAUCCAAGCGCUUAAAAACGAAAAUGUCAUUUAGCUGUUAGCAAUGACGAAUAAUCGAAGCAAUGAACACAGAAAGAUUUGUACUUACAAAUAGUUUAACCAUAAGUCGUACCAUAGAAGCCAAAUAAAAAUUAUUAAAACAAUUAAA